AUGGUAGUAGAAGGAGAGAAUGUGAAAUACAAAGACCCGAAGCAACCGGUAGCGGUUCGGAUUAAGGACUUGAUGAGUAGAAUGACUCUCGAAGAGAAGAUCGCUCAAAUGGUUCAAAUCGAUAGGUUGACAGCCUCUCCUGAGAUUAUGCAGACUUACUCCAUUGGUAGUGUGUUGAGUGGAGGUGGGAGUGCACCGCUUCCUAAGGCUAGUGCUGAAGAUUGGGUUAAUAUGAUAAAUGGGUUUCAGAAUGGGUCGUUGUCUAGCCGGUUGGGGAUACCAAUGAUUUAUGGUAUUGACGCUGUUCAUGGGCAUAAUAAUGUCUUUAAUGCUACAAUCUUUCCUCACAAUGUUGGGCUUGGAGCUACCAGGCAAAGAAUUGGAAGUGCAACUGCUCUUGAAGUUAGAGCCACAGGAAUUCCUUAUGUCUUUGCUCCAUGUAUUGCGGUUUGCAGAGAUCCAAGGUGGGGUCGGUGCUAUGAAAGCUACAGUGAGGAUCACAAAGUUGUGGAAGCAAUGACUGAGAUCAUACUUGGUUUACAAGGCGACAUUCCAGCUAAUUCUCGGAAGGGAGUUCCAUAUGUUGGUGGGAAGAAAAAGGUUGCAGCUUGUGCAAAGCACUUUGUGGGUGAUGGUGGGACAACCAAGGGUAUCAAUGAGAACAACACAGUUAUUGACAGGCAUGGGUUGUUGGGCAUCCACAUGCCUGCCUAUUCUGAUUCAAUUAUCAAGGGUGUUUCAACGAUUAUGGUUUCCUAUUCCAGUUGGAAUGGGGAAAAGAUGCAUGCAAAUCGUGAGCUAAUAACUGGCCUUCUCAAGGACAGCCUCAAGUUUAAGGGUUUUGUUAUCUCAGAUUGGCAGGGUAUCGACAGGAUCACUUCACCGCCACAUGCAAAUUACUCAUACUCUGUACAAGCUGCGAUUCAAGCUGGCAUUGACAUGGUCAUGCUCCCUUUCAACCACAGUGAGUUCAUUGACGAUCUUACUUAUCUAGUCAAGAGCAAUGUCAUCCCUAUGGAUCGCAUUGAUGAUGCUGUGAGGCGGAUUUUGCUAGUCAAGUUCAGCUUGGGUCUCUUUGAAAACCCUUUAGCUGAUUUUAGCCUUGUUAAUGAGCUUGGAAGCCAGGCUCAUAGAGACUUGGCAAGGGAAGCGGUGAGGAAAUCACUUGUGCUGCUGAAAAAUGGAAAAAAUGAAACUGAUCCUUUACUUCCUCUUACCAAGAAGGCUUCUAAGAUUCUAGUAGCUGGUACACAUGCUGAUAAUUUGGGCUAUCAAUGUGGCGGGUGGACAAUUGCAUGGCAGGGAUUUAGUGGCAACGAAUAUACAAGGGGUAUGCUUUGUCAAUAUGCUUAA